UUUGAGAUUUCAUGAAUUAUUAAAGAAUUGGUAAAUUUCUUUUUGUGCAACGGUAAACAAGAUGUUUCCUCCACCUUUCAGGAAAUCUGCUCAUCCAGAUCCUAAUGGUUGGAUUCAUGGCCGAAAACGUUUCACACAAAAUAUAGAACAGUGUUGUCAGUUGAGGAAGCCUUGCCUGGUUUCACCAAAGCAUGUAGCAUCUUUGAACUAUGAAACGGAUCCAAGAGAAUUUCACCAAUGUUCAUCUGUAGCUGUUACUCAAAAGAACCUAAAGGAAAAUUCUGAAUUGUCUUCUUUCUUGAGGAAAUCUGCUCCUCCAGAUCCUAAUGGUUGGAUUCACGUAGGGCGAAAACGUUUCACUCAAAAUAUAGAACAGUGUUGUCAGUUUAGAAACUUUGUUAGGGGCUGCAAGAAUAUAAUUUUUUAGAACUGCUAGACAUGGAAAAGUUUGGGAACCUGUGUCUUAGAAGAUGAUAUUGUGAAGUUCAGUUUUGAACUAAUAAAGAAUACUGUAUAUGUACAUAUAAAAAAAUCUAAUAUCUA